GUCAGAGUGAAGGUUCCUUUCUGCUCAGUCUGAGGAUUUACCUGGACAGUGGAGGAGUGUUUUCUGCGGUGUAUUUUGAGAAGUCCCAAUUGUUAUUAUUAUUGCUGGGUUUUGUUGUUUUAUCAUUUCUGUUAUUGUUUUUACUCUUACUGUUCUUGCUGCAGCAGCUUUUUAUUUUAUUGAUUUAUUUGAAUUAUUUUUAUUAUUAUCCCCCCUUUUUAUUAUAUUUUAUAUACCUUAUUAGGUGUUAGGAGUUGCUAUUCAUCAUCAUCAUUAUUAUUAUUUAGGUUUAUUUGCAUUUACAAUUAGGGUUAUUGUUAGGAUUAGGUUUAGCAUUAGGUUUAGAGUAAGGAGUGGGGUUAGAGUCAAGGUUCAGAGAGCAUUGUUAACUUGCUAUUGAGAACAUGAAGGAGGACAGCUAUCCAGACUUAACGGGGCUGUUCACUCCCAGGCCUCCCCCUGAAAGACCCCCACCCCCAAAGGAACAUACCGGCUGGGACAAACUCUACCAUGAUGUCCUUCUAAAACUGGAUGCCUGCCACUGGAUCGCUCAGAAAUUGAAGGAUGAAGAAGAAAUCCUUGCUGAGAUGGAGCCCAGUCCUUAUGUGUGGAGCAUCAGAAAAGGCAUAAGGAGGAAGAAGCAGCAGCUCUUCCAAGAACUGUACCGCUUAAACCGUCAGCGCCAGAUCUACGAAAACGUUUGUAACUGGAAGAAGGAGCAUGAGCAGCUGCAGCAAGAGCAGAGCGAAAGGAUGCCCAAGAUCAGGUCCAUGUGUGGUCAUGAGCUGGAUGAUGACACCUUUACACCCAGAGUCAGGGACCUUCUCCAUUUCCCCUGCCCCCCAUACCUUUUUUUACAGGCCUCCUGGAGUCCUCUGCGUUCCCCUUCACCCCUCGGAGGACACUCCCCUACCUCACAGCAACCUUGCUCCUCCAGGCACCGUUUCCCCUUUGGUCUUUUGAGAUUAGCGGAGAUUCCACAGAGGCCCUUGCCUGUGCCUGGGGCUCUGUGCCCCAAAUGCUGCACCUCCAGGCCUGGAGCCCGAGUGGUCGAGCUACUCAGGCUUGUCACGGAGGUGGUUGGAAGCCCCAAGUGGACAGGCUGUGCUGCACACAGGGACAGUAGAGCCGUCCCACAUGGUCAGAAAAAUCCAGAGGCUGUGGCAUAAGAGGAGCACCCCAAGCACUGGUCAGGAUGGGUGAAACCAGGCAGUGUCCUUUUCAAAUGGGAUGGCCUCAGUCAGCAACCAGCAUGGCCACAACAUGGACCACAAUCUGGAAUAACUUGUGCCAUGAGGCAUAGGAGUUUCAGCCUGUUCUUAACACAUCUCCAUGGUUUUUUGUUUCAGGGCAAGAAGGCCACCUACACCAUUGCCCAAGGCGAAGCCAACCCCAUCCACCAGGACAAGAUUUCCAAAGAUAUAACAAAUAAA